UGUGUGCCCCUGUGGAUUCUCAUGUCCUUCCUGUGCCUGGUGGUCCUCUACUACAUCGUGUGGUCUGUCCUGUUCUUGCGCUCCAUGGACGUCAUUGCAGAGCAGCGGAGGACACACAUAACAAUGGCCCUGAGCUGGAUGACCAUUGUCGUGCCUCUUCUGACUUUUGAGAUCCUGCUGGUUCACAAACUGGACGGCCACAACGCAUUCUCCUGUAUUCCCAUCUUUGUGCCGCUGUGGCUCUCCCUCAUCACGCUGAUGGCAACCACAUUCGGACAGAAGGGAGGAAACCACUGGUGGUUUGGUAUUCGCAAAGAUUUCUGUCAGUUUCUGCUAGAAGUCUUCCCAUUUUUGCGAGAAUACGGAAAUAUUUCCUACGAUCUCCAUCAUGAAGAUAAUGAAGAAACCGAAGAAACUCCAGUUCCAGAACCUCCUAAAAUCGCUCCUAUAUUUCGAAAAAAGACCAGGGUGGUCAUUACCCAGAGCCCUGGAAAGUAUGUGCUGCCUCCUCCCAAACUAAACAUUGAAAUGCCCGAUUAAAGGUCCCGAGUUCAGGGGACAGCGCAUAAGUAGACUGGGACGCACACUCUCUCCACCUCCGUCUGCCUCCUCUUCACCCUGCAGCCCGGCCCCGGAACUGGAGCUGGGUCUCCAGAUACGUCCAUCUCAUGCCUUGUUUGCACCUAAUGCCUAUCAGCCACUCAGCACGACAGGACACAGAGGUGGCAGAUGACUGGCGUGUGCAUGAGUGGAGGUGGUUGCCAGGAGAAUGGGAGAGAGGGAGCAACGGUUUACAGCCGUCGGGGAGGGAGUCUGAGGCGUUUGUCCAGCCCCUUGCACCCAGGGUGCUGGCUGCCUGACAAGGCCCACAGAAGGGACAUCUCUCUGUGCAGCUGGUUUGCAGAGUGUUAACGUUCUGAUCUAAAGUGUUGUUCCAAAAUGUAUUUUCCCUCUGGACCGACCCCUCGUGCAGCUCCGUCCGAGUUGUCCCGCCAUGGCAUAGUCACCAGGAACUGUAGCGAUGUCUCUGAUGCACCACGUUUAGACACGGCACAGUCCUCCGUUUUCCCAUUCCUACUGUGGAAGUGGUUUCCCUCUGGGCAUGCUGGCAGCAGUUUUUCCUGGCCUCACAGUCAGCCCUUUCUGAUGGAGUCACUCCAUGCCUGUAUAGUAUU